UAUGUCCAUGUCAGUUGCGACCGACAAACGGUAUGAGCAAGUUGAUUCUGUUGACUUGGCUGCUUUGCUAUAUUCUAAACACAAUCUCUGGAGCAGAACUACCUGGAGAUGUGGAAAAAUGCUCAUUUGGCAACUCCGCAUGCCUGGUUCGGUCCAUCAAUACACUGAUCAAGCUUUAUCCAAAGGGCAUCCCUGCGAUCGGUCUGCCCCCGUUGGACUCCUACCACUUCCCGGACACCGUCAUUCUGGACUCACCGAAUCGGGGGCCCAUCUAUCUGAACUUUAACAUGCGAGACAACGUAAACAAGGGCUUCGAGAACACGACGGUUACCCAUGUGGAGGGCUUCCUGCGGGAGCCGAACCAGAAGCAGAUCCUGAUAAAGGCCCAUCUUCCGCGGCUUCUGCACUUGGCCACCUACGACAUGGAAGGUCGGUGGCUGUUCCUCGCUGCCAACACCACCGGCACUCUGCAGUCCGACUUCCAGGACUUCCGGAUCACUUUGACCCUGAAGGUGAUAUUGGAGUACAGAAACAACAAGAGGUAUCUGAAGGUGUACGAUCUGGUGCCCAGCAUCGACUUGGGUCGCUGGAUCAUUUGGUUCGAUGACAUGUUCAAGGAAAACUUAGAUUUGACGGUUGCUGUCAACGCUGUUUUCAACAGGCAUUGGGUGGAAUUCUGGAAUGAACUUCAGCCGGGUCUAAAAAAGUCCUUUUCAAACGGCUUUACAACCAUCUUGAACGGAGUAUUCGAGAACGUCGCCUAUGACGAUAUGUUUUUGCCUGAUCGCUGAAUGGGCUUUUUUUAAUCUACGUACACCCAAAAAAGAAACGUCAUCAAUAUGCCAUUAUUUAGGUGUCAAUGUGAUACUAUUGAGUGUCAAAAAAUCUCUGAUACGAAGAACAUCUAAUUGACAUUAUUUUGGUAUUUCGCAGUAUUUUGAUACUCAUUCGGGGUAUAAAAGGUCGUUUUUAGGGUCAACUUGAUACGAUUUUAGUAUCAAUUAAUCAAAGUUCACCCGCAAUGCAUGUAGCAAGGAUUUGUGUCCAAACGGAAAACAAAUCAAUUGGAGAAAUUUAAAAAGUUGAGACUGCUGGUACACAAAGAAAUUAAAAUAAAAACA